AUGUUAUCGCGACUCCCAAUACGUCCAGCGCCCUUGGCCCGCAGUGUUGGGUUUGCCGGCUCAUCAAGGCAGCUAUCACGACGCUUUCAGUCGUCCCAGUCCCAAUCCGGAAACGCAUCAGGCAGCCAAGGAUCCUCACAUCUCGCGUCUGGCCUUGCCGGCGGCCUGGUAGCUGGGGGUCUCCUCUACGGGAUCUACAACUUUUCUCCUAGCGGCAGGAUGGCCCGCAAGAUCAACACGGCCGCCCGAGAGGCAGACAAAAAAUACCGAGAAGCCGCGGCCACCAUCAAAGACAAGACGCCCACCACCGACGCAGCCAUUGCGAAGAUCAAAGAGUUCUGCUAUACCUAUGUAGCCUGGGUGCCAGGCGGCCGACAGUUUGUAGACUCGGCAUUUGAUGACCUCGACUCGAUUCGCGAAAACCACGGCAAGGAGGUCGACGGGAUUGUAUCCGAGACAUAUCAAGAGUUCCAGGAGAUCGCCCGCGGUGGCCUGAGCUUGGAAUCCGCGACCAAGGCUUACGACGCACUUGGCAAGCUGGCUAAGAAGAUCGCCCGUCUCAGCGGCAGCGCAUCCGACACAAUCCUCGAGCGUCACCCGCAGCUCAAUGACAAACUUGGAGAACCCAUUCGGCAGCUGCAGCAGAUGGGCACACAAUACGGGCCCGAGGCCAAGAAACUAGCCGACGAGACGUGGAAGCAGGUGAAUGAUGUCCUGUCCAGCGGUUUCUCUGCUGAGGGGGCGGAGAAAGUGCGCAAGAUUGUCGAGGAGCGGACACAGCAGAUUCGGAAAGCAGGCAAUACCUUCUGGGACAAGAGUCUGGAACAAGCCCGACCGUAUCUCGACAAGAGCCCGCGGCUGAAGCAGUUGGUGACGGACAACCAGGAUUUACUCAAGAACGGGGACGUCUCAGGCCUGUUCAAGAAGCUCAAGGGCUUGGGCGAGGGUGCUGACGCUGGUCAGAUCGAGGAGUAUGUAAAAGAGGCUCUUGACAAAGCCAAAAAGAAGGGGGCCCAAGCUACAGGCGGGAGUGCCAGCACAGGACUUUCAGUGCUAAGCCAGUUCUUUGAAGGUUCCUCUUCGGCGGACGAUGCCGGCCGCAAGCUACAGGACCACGUUAGCGUAUUGAGCAAGGUCAUAAACGAGCAUGGGGAUGAUGGCAAGGCAUUGCUAGAAGAGACCAAGGAAGAAUUGAGGAAGUUGUUGGAGGAGAAGGCUAAGAGAGCUCAGAAGGUUUUGGAUGAGGCAAAAAGGGGGUAA